GCUUAAUUUCAACCAUAUGAAGCCCAAUGGUGCUUAGUCAUGGACCAAAGAGUAGGUAGGAGGGAGUUUAGGGGACACAUCCUAUUGGCUGCUCAAAGUGGAUGAGAUUUUUUGUAGAAAAAGUACUUGCAGUAACUGAUCCAGUCUAGUCGAGGGAAAUCUACAGAAGUAUGGCAACUCAGACUAAGCCCAUACUUCACGGAUACUUCAGAAGCUCCUGCUCCUGGAGGGUUCGCAUUGCUUUUGCUCUAAAAGGUGUUGAAUAUGACCAGCUUCCAGUCAAUCUGAUCAAAGAUGGAGGGCAGCAGUCAUGUGUUAGUCUGACAGUGGCUCUCUCUGUGCCAAAGCUUACUGAGGAGUACAAAGCGCUAAACCCCAUGCAACAAGUGCCUGCAGUGGAAAUUGAUGGCACCACUCUCUCUCAGUCGCUGGCAGUGAUCCAGUACAUCGAUGAGACCAGACCAGGACCCCGUCUUCUUCCAGCAGACCCAAAGACGCGUGCCCAGGUUAGGAUGAUAAGUGACCUCAUUGCCUCGGGUAUACAGCCCCUGCAGAAUUUGUAUGUAAUCCAGAAAAUAGGAGCGGAGAAGAUGCAGUGGUCUCAGCACUUCAUCGAUCGUGGUUUUCAAGCUCUUGAGCCAAUUCUGAAGCAAACAGCGGGGAAAUACUGUGUAGGCGAUGAGAUUUCCAUGGCAGACAUCUGUCUGGUCCCACAGGUCUACAACGCAGAGAGGUUCAAAGUGGAUGUGGGGAAGUAUCCAACCAUCAAACGGCUAAAUGAGGCUUUACUUGAGAUUGAAGCUUUCCAAGUGAGCCACCCAUCACGCCAACCAGAUACACCUGAUGAUCUGCGUGCUUAGUACAAAGCCACUGAGAAGUUGUUUGUGUUAAAUAAAAUGACUGAAAAGC